AUGACAUAAAGAAAAAGAUACAGCAGAACGUUGAAAUGUAAAAUGUCUGCUUCCACGGUCCUAUGUCGGUUAUUUGGGCAAAAAGCUUUAGAUUUAACGCGAUUUAUCGCACCAUCUUCUUGUCAAGUACAACAGAUACGUGAUUAUUGGAAACCUAAAAAUGUACCACAACCAGGUAUCAAAGGAAAAAGUUACAGAAGAAUUGUUCAUUUUAAAGACAAGUACACUAUCCAACCUUUAGAGGUUACAAAUUUGGGUGGAAGGGAUCCAGUAACUGGUCGAGUAGUGUGCAUAGGUAUUGGAGGUGGUUUAAAGCAUAAAUAUCACUGGAUCAAGUGGCUCCGAACUGGACCAAAGGAUAUCAAUGAAAAGCCAAAAGAAGAAAAAGUUUUAAAAAUUCUAUUUGAUGGCUGUCGUACAUCUCAUCUAGCUUUAAUAGGCAGUGGUAAAGAGCUGUACUACAUUCUUGCUACAAUAAAUAUGAAAGAAGGAGACAUCAUCAAGACUCACAUGGGUAUACCUCGAAUACCAGUUAUACCUAAUGAAGGUGAUUGCUAUACACUUGGUGCUCUUCCAGUUGGUACAAUUGUGAACUGUGUAGAAAAGUAUCCAGGACUUGGUGGAUUUCUCAUUCAUUCUGCAGGAACAUUUGGUACAAUCAUAAGAAAGGAAGAAGAUAGAGUUAUUGUGAAGGUGCCUAGUAAGAAAGAAUUCAGCCUCCUUAAUUCUUGUAUGGCAACUGUUGGAAGAUUAUCAAAUGAAAUGCAUAGCAAAACACCUAUUGGAAGUCCCAAUGCUAGCAGAUGGCUGGGUAAUAGACCAAGAAGCGGUUUGUGGCAUAGGAAAACAGGAAAGCAUGGUCGUAAAAUCAAACCUCUACCACCAGUAAAACAGUAUAAUCCUUAUGCACCUAAAAGUGAUGAUACUAUUCAACUGUCCCUAAGUGGCUUCAUGUAACAAUAUGGAUUCUUUGUU